AUGUUCUUUCUGUGUCACAAAGCUGGUUACGACAAUGAAGAUGAGAAAUAUGACAGAUCAUCAUUUGUGGUGGAGCGCUUCUUCAGAGGGAACUUUACUCUUGCCAAUAACAGUUUCACUUCACACCCUUUAACUCAACCAGAUGAAUCGGAGAAACUGCUAGAACAACUAAAACAACAGCUAACAUCAGUCUACAAUUCUUCUCCUGCGUUGGCACGCUACUUCUCCAAUGUUACCAUAAACAAUUUUAGGGAUGAAACCGCUCAGUUUGAGCUACAGUUCAUCAUCCCUUCAGAAAAUGAACAGUUGGUGUGCUACACUCUGAGCCGAGAGAUGGUGAAAGGUGUGCUUCUUCAACACUUCUAUGAUCAGGACUCUGAUGCUGGAGAUCAUCUCUAUGUCAUACCAACAUCACUCAGUAUAGAAGUUUGGACAAAGAGAAGAAUUUGAGGAGACAAAUGUGUGGACAUUCUCACUUUUUCUAAUAAACUUGUGGAAAAUGGUUGUGGGCUUUUAAAAGAAUAUUGUAGUUAAGCUAGUGUUAAACUACACUAAAUGUAAAACCAAUGCAUUUUAUCGAAAACAUGAGUUGACUAAUUAAAAGGAUUUUGUAUAUCUGUAUACUAUAGGUGUAAACAUUAAAAAAUAAUAUUUAAUAAAGAUGUUCUCUUACUGCCUAUAAACUUUUGUACGUUUUCUCUUGUAAAACUGAAUUAGACUGGACUUUUUCCCCACGCACUACAUUUACACACAGUGUUAUGAUAGUCAUUCCUGUCUCUCCAUGUGUCCAUUUGUCUUCUUUGUGAGGCCAACAGGAAGCACCGCGGCCUCAGUGAUAUUUAACUUGCAUAUGUGUAUACAUGGUUUGAUUUUAGGUGUGUCUGUAAAAAAGUUUAAAAUGUUUAUCUUGUUCUUUUGCUAAAGAGGACAUUUGGGUUGCUUGCUACUGGGCAAGUCAUUUCCUACACAAUUAUGGUCACAUGACAUUUACAGUUCAGAUGAUUCGCUUCAAAAACUUUGAUGGGGAACCCAGUGCCCAUGAGAAAAAAAGAAUGCACUUUUUAUGUAAAUCAUCACACAUGGCCAGAGAAUUCAAUACUCUCCAAGAUAAUACUCCCAAUACUCCAAGAUAAGUUUGACCUCUGUCUCUAUAUAGGGAUAUGUGACUAUUGUUAUUGUUACUAAUCUCGUAAAAAGCUCACUAUUUGCUAAAGGUGUGUCCCAAAACUGGACCAAACUACCAUGACCAUGAAAGUGAAUUUAACAACACUGUCACCAAACAAUAUUCUUUUAAUAAACUUUAAUAAAUUGUCUUGAACUGUUGCUGCCAGUAUUUUACUGUAAAGUGAUCGAGUGACACACUGUGAAAAGGUACUUGUGCAUUUAGUCAAUAAACAUUUAGUCUCGCGCACCUGUAGGUAAUGGAUAGGUGCGUAGGAAUUAAAAGUAGAUGAGAACAAAAAUCUGUGCCUGCAAAAGUAUAGGCACAGUAGUAGUAGUAGUAAAAGUAGUUUUUUCAAGACUGUAAUCAAACAGUAUUAACCUUCUAUGAAAAGCUGUAUUUUGCGCAUAUAGAACAGAAAGUGCAGUAAAUGUUUUAAUUAUAAAUACAAGUUAAUAGGUCUGUUUAUUCCCACAAGCUUCAUGAUUUGAUAUGUCAUUGAUGAUGUGUGUGGUUGUGAUGUCACUAAUAAAACUGUUUAAGGGGGUUAAUCUGUUUUAGAAAAGGGUCCUGGACAGAAUCGCUAAUCUCUUGGCAUGAGUAGACUGAUCUAUGAUGCAUCAAGAAGUUAUAGCCUUCCACUGCUUCUGAUCGAUGCCUCUAAUGCAGCAGUACUCAAUACUGUUCCUAUAUCUCCACAUUAUUUAAAAGGUUACUUAUAUCCC